UAUUUUGCUUCACAAUUCAAUUCAGUUCAAAUGACCUCCAAAAAUCCAAAUCCAAUUCGCUCAACUGUUGGUGCCUCUUGGCAUAUAGCAGCACCAUUUUGACCGCUCAGAAACUGCUACAACGAGUUAUGCACGCUUCUACCCAACAAACCAAAAAACCCUAAAUAUGUUGAUCCCACUUUAAUCGUCCCUUCCUUCACACGGCGCCGGCUCGUUUGCUGCUGCAGCCACUGCAACGGAAAGGCCCGAAGAUAACCAGCAAAGGGUGGGUUUUCGCAUUUUCGGUAAUCGGGAUCAGCAGUUUGCACAUUGGCCGCCGCCGGAAAGUUCAUAUCCGCAGUUUUCUGGUGCCUGAAUGGAAAGAUGUGGUGAUUGAUCCUUCAUUUCCGGCUAUACGGCAUUGUUGGUUUGGAUUCCGCUACAACGCCUUUCUUUGCCCCCGAUCCGCUACUGCUUCGGUAUUGAAUCUAGGUGUAAUUUACCGGUCAUGUGCGGCGAUUGUUGCUGUGAAAUCGAUGUGUCGGAGAGUUAUUGAAGGUUUGUUGCCUUGAAUCUUGAUUGAAUUUCGAAACCUGGACCUGGAAUUCUGGGGAUUCGUUUUGGUUGGCGUUGCAUUUGAUGGCGAAUCGACAGCAAUCGUCUUCAGGCUAUUCCUCAACUGGCAUUCCGAACUUAGAUGCAAAAUUGGGGGCUCCUCCUUCGUUUUCCCCGCCGACGGCAGCCUCCUCAUCAUCAAGGCCGGUAUUUCCUCCGCCUAUUAUACCGCCAAAUCAGGCCCCUUCUCCUUCAAUCAAGACUCCUAAUUUACCCUCGCCGGCGAAUGGGAUCCGAACCGGAAGCCCUGUUCCCCUCAUGAGCACUCCCCCUGGUCCGCCUGUAUUUUCGUCGCCCCUCCAACCAGCUGCUGUCCCGUUCAGAACUUCCCCUGCAACUCCUCAGCCGGUUGCUUAUUCUUCUAGUUCCUCGUUGCCCACAUCUUCGCCACUGCAUUUCUCAAACGGAUCGGUUGAGCUACAGCAUCAACCUUCUGAUGCUACUGAAGACCUGGGCAAUGAUGUGGGGUCUCCAACUGUCCUAUUCUCAGCUCACAAGGUUUUGAAACAAAAGAAAAUGGCCAACGUACCUAGUUUAGGAUUUGGGGCAUUAGUUUCUCCUGGAAGGGAGGUUUCACCAGGUCCUCAGAUAAUCCAGCGUGAUCCUCAUCGUUGUGAUAAUUGUGGAGCUUACGCCAAUCUCUACUGCAACAUCUUACAUGGUUCUGGCCAGUGGCAGUGUGUAAUAUGCAGAAACUUGAAUGGAAGUGAAGGCGAGUACAUUGCUCCAAGCAGAGAAGAGCUCCAAAAUCUGCCUGAAUUGUCAUCUCCUCUGGUAGAUUAUGUCCAGACAGGAAAUAAAAGGCCUGGUUUUAUUCCAGUAUCUGAAUCUAGAAUAUCUGCACCAAUUGUUCUGGUAAUAGAUGAGUGUUUAGACGAACAACAAUUACAGCAUCUACAGAGUUCCUUACAUGCAUUUGUUGACUCUGUGCCCCCGACUACACGGCUUGGAAUUGUGCUUUAUGGCCGGACGGUUUCUGUGUAUGAUUUCUCUGAAGAAUCUGCUGCAUCUGCUGAUGUACUGUCUGGUGAUCAAUCACCAGGCGAGGAACCAUUAAGAGCAUUAAUCUAUGGAACUGGAAUAUAUCUGUCUCCAAUUCAUGCUUCGAUUCCUAUAGCACAUGGAAUCUUGUCUUCAUUAAGGCCUUAUAAACUGAAUUUGCCUGAAGUUUCCCGAGAUCGCUGUUUGGGUGCUGCAGUGGAGGUUGCCAUGGCUUUAAUUCAGGGUCCAUCAGCUGAGUUAUCAAGAGGUGUUGUUAAAAGGCCAGGUGGAAAUAGCAGGAUAAUUGUGUGUGCUGGUGGACCUUGCACGUAUGGCCCUGGUUCAGUUCCAUAUUCAGUUACUCAUCCUAACUACCCAUAUUUGGAAAAAAAAGCAAUAAAGUGGAUGGACAACUUAGGUAGUGAGGCACAUCGUCGCAAUACAGUGAUAGAUAUACUUUGUGCUGGGACAUGUCCUGUACGUGUUCCAGUGCUACAGCCUCUUGCAAAAUCUUCUGGAGGUGUUUUGGUACUCCAUGAUGACUUUGGGGAAGCAUUUGGUGUGAAUUUGCAGAGAGCUGCCACUAGGGCAGCAGGUUCACAUGGCUUAAUGGAAAUAAGGUGUUCCGAUAAUAUUCUAGUUAGCCAAGUGGUGGGCCCUGGCAAGGAAGCAAACACAGAGAACCAUGAAUCUUUUAAGAAUGACAUGGCUUUAGCCAUACAGAUGCUGAGUGUUGAAGAAACACAAAGCUUUGCAAUAUCAAUGGAGUUUCGUGGAGAUAUCAAGAGUGAUUUUGUGUACUUCCAAUUUGCUAUUCAGUAUUCGAAUAUUUAUCAAGCUGAUAUCUCAAGAGUUAUAACUGUUAGGUUACCUACUGUAGAUAGUAUUUCAUCUUAUCUAGAGAGUGUUCAAGAUGAAGUGGCUGCUGUUCUUAUUGGUAAAAGAACUUUGCUGCGAGCCAAAUCCUUCAGCGAUGCUCUUGAUAUGAGGGCAACACUUGAUGAGAGAAUUAAAGAUGUAGCUGCUAAGUUCGGUAGCCAGGUUCCAAAGUCAAAGCUUUAUCGGUAUCCCAAAGAACUCUCAUUAUUGCCUGAACUCUUGUUCCAUCUUAGGAGAGGUCCUCUCCUAGGAAGUAUACUUGGUCAUGAAGAUGAGAGAUCUGUUUUGAGAUCUUUAUUCCUAAAUGCAUCCUUUGAUCUAUCGUUACGCAUGCUGGCACCUCGCUGUUUAAUGCAUCGAGAAGGUGGGACUUUUGAGGAACUACCUGCAUAUGAUCUCGCUAUGCAAUCUGAUGCUGCAGUUGUUCUUGAUCAUGGCACAGAUGUUUUCAUUUGGACGGGUGCUGAACUUUCUGCUCAGGAUGGAAAAAAUGCCGCAGUUUUGGCAGCUUGUAAGACAUUGGUUGAAGAGCUUACUGAACUACGGUUUCCAGCUCCUAGGAUUCUUGCAUUUAAGGAGGGAAGCUCCCAGGCUCGGUAUUUCGUAUCUCGCCUAAUACCAGCACAUAAAGAUCCUCCCUAUGAGCAGGAGGCAAGAUUUCCCCAGCUUCGAACUUUGACUGCAGAGCAGCGAACAAAGCUAAAAAGUAGCUUUAUUCAUUUUGAUGAUCCUAGUUUCUGUGAGUGGAUGCGCAGCCUGAAAGUAUUGCCCCCCGAACCAAGCUGAGGCACUCGUUAAAUUGUUUUUGUGGUAAAUGUAAUGCGCCGCCUUUGGUAUGCUUCUGAGAUCUCUAUGUUUGUUGGUUUGGUUGGUAAAAAUUGAUGCUACUCUUGCUCUCAACUGACAGUUUGCUAAAGAAAUACCCCUGUCAUCAUAUGUACUUGAUUUUUUUUCUUUUUCCCCCUUUUUCUUUUUGCAUUUUGUUGAUGUUUAGAUAUUCAUACACGAUAUUUUACAUUUAUGCUCUUUAACAGCGCCAUACAUGUACUGAAAUCUCAUGCAUUGGUAAUAAACAGAGUUAUAUUCACAGACCAA